GUACGUUUGUGUUAAAGCACGUGUUAUUCUCAGUUAUUAAAAAGUGCGGUGUUUUUUAUUCUAUACAAGAAGUUUGCAAUUAAAUUGCCAAUAUGAUAGUAGCGGAGUCGUGGCAAGCCCGUUUCCUUCUGUGGGUCCUCCCGAUUUUGGUAAUCAUCGGUCUGUUGGCCAUACUGAGCUUCAUCGGACUACUGUUCGCUAUAAGGAUCUACGCCAGCUACACUUGCGGACGGUUCAGGGACAGAACUAAGAUGGACGGCAAGACGGUUAUAGUCACCGGAUGUACCAGCGGCAUAGGCAAGGAGACGGCUAAGGAGCUGGCAAAGAGGGGAGCUAAAGUCAUCUUGGCCUGUCGGAAUAUAGAAGCCGCUGAUAAUAUCAAAAAUGAAAUCAUCGAAUCAACGAAGAACGUGAAGGUGUUCGUCAAACAACUUGACCUAAGCUCGUUUAAAUCCAUCAGAGUGUUUGCAGAAGAAAUCAAGAGCACAGAAGACAAACUGGACGUGCUCGUCCACAACGCCGGCUAUGCGGAGAUGUUCAGGAAGAAGAAGUCGGAAGACGACAUCGAACUAACUAUGGCGACGAACCACUACGGCCCAUUCCUGCUGACCCAUCUCCUUAUAGAUCUACUAAAGAAAAGCGCACCUUCCAGAAUCGUCGUCGUCGCAUCCUCCUUGUAUCGCUUGGCGUCUGUUAAUUUAGAAAACCCCAAUCCAGUCGACACUUUCCCAGCAUAUUUAUACUACGUCUCCAAGGAGGCUAAUAUACUGUUCACUAGAGAAUUGGCGCGAAGACUAGAAGGCACCGGUGUUACGGCUAACUGCCUGCACCCUGGACUCAUCGACAGCGGCAUUUGGCGGAACGUACCAGCGCCUAUUAGUUGGUUCCUGCUUCUCAUUAUCAAGUGCUUCUUCAAAACCCCGAGGGAAGGAUGUCAAACGACAGUCAUGUUGGCGGUCGACGAGAAAUUGGAAAAAGUAAGCGGGAAAUACUUCUCGGAUUGCGGCGAAAGCUCCGUGUCAAAUCUGGCCGGUGACAUGGGCAGAGCUAAGAAGUUGUGGGAGUUAUCAGAGACGAUGGUAAAAUUGGGCGAGACCGAUCCGAAGAUAUAAGUCCGAAGCAGCAGCUUUACAAACAUAAUAAUAUAUUUUUUGCAUAUUAUAGGUAUUUGGUUUAAAAGUGAUUCUUCUUAGUCUCUCUUUUUUCAAAAUCAGUCAAAAAUCUAAUACAAACACAUUACGUGUAAUUUGAGUACUACAGCGGAAUUAUUUAGACACCGUAUAAAUAGCAGCGACUCUAAGGCAAGUCAUUUGGGGGAAGACUGUCCAUACAUUCCAAACAGAUAGCAAAUAUGGAUACUUUUAAAAAUUUCGUCUUAAGAAAUAGAAUAUUCCUUUGUCAAAAGAUUCAGUUUUAUGCCCAUUACCAGCUAGGUCCAUAAACUUUUGAUGCAAACAUGAUCUUAUAGAAUACAUCCUUAAUCCUUGAUUUAUAUACUAAAAUGAUGUAGGUAUUACUUUUCCAUGUUCAAGCAGUUUUUUUUACUUUUAAAUGUAGUAGGUAUUAAG